AUGGAUGUAAAAUUGGAAAUAGCUGAAAAACAAUUAUUUUGGACUGUACGAUUCGGUGAGUUGCCUCGUGAAGAUGCUCUUCGGAUGCGCGCUCUAUCUCCACCUUCACUUAAGAUGACGGAUGUCACUCAACCUGGAGAUCCGGCGGCCAACCGCUCCAUUUACAGUCGUGUGGCUCCAAACGCUUCUGUGGAGAAGUAUCGGCCAAUGGAAGUGACGUUUGACAUGAGAGUUUUCAAUAUCAGGGCGCACUGUCUCACAUACGGUCCUUGUUCUGAAGAAAAAGAGCUAUGUCCUGUGUUGUACACGGAGGAGAUUGCCGUUCUUAUCAAGAAAGGUUUUAGCGAGACGUUGAUUCAGAUUGGCGUGGGGCCUUGUGCUGCUUAUUUUGAACGAGUUUCGGCAGUCCAAAGCGAUGGAUACAUGACUCUUUCUGGCUUACAGUUUCGGGGUCACGCUAUGUUCUCAUCUGAAGACUGCCCCUGGGAUAUGGCCGUUGUUGAAUAUGGUUGGCUCAUGGAAAUAUUAGUUGGAGAAGUGGGCGGAUGCUUGGGUACACCAUCUCAGGUCAGUAUCUGAGU